AUUUUAAAUGAGCGACUCGCAGUAAGAAAGGCGGGUCCUUCGAGUGCGUACUCGGGGCGCGCUUUCAGAGCAUCAUCUGUUACGCGCUAAGGGUUGUCGGAAUGCACGUUCUAAACAUAUAUUUCUUCAGAGGAACAACAAUACUGUCUGUUCUUUGGUUUAGAAUCUCAAAUUGGCGAUGUGUGACAAACCUUUCUUCUAUAACCCCGACAUUGAUACAAAAAUCGCCGGUUUAUACGAUUUACAACAUACCAUAGGCCGAGGACAUUAUGCAGUUGUAAAACAAGCACGUCAUGUAUUCACUGGUGAAAAAGUCGCAGUAAAAGUAAUAGAUAAAACAAAGUUGGACAACAUUUCAAGAGAUCAUUUAUUUCAAGAAGUAGUAUGCAUGAAAUUAGUUCAGCAUCCCAAUGUAGUCAGAUUAUAUGAAGUUAUCGAUACUCCAACGAAAUUGUACCUUGUUCUUGAAUUGGGCGAUGGUGGUGAUCUAUACGAUUACAUAACAAGUCAUGGUGAUGGUCUCAGUGAAAAAGUUGCAAAACGGUAUUUUCGUCAGAUAGUCACUGCUAUUGCCUAUUGUCAUAAAUUAAGAGUGGUUCAUAGAGAUCUGAAACCAGAAAAUGUAGUUUUCUUUGAGAAGUUGGGUUUAGUGAAACUAACAGAUUUUGGAUUCAGUAAUAGAUUCAUUCCUGGUACAAAUUUAGAUACAGCUUGCGGCUCUUUGGCUUAUUCUGCUCCAGAAAUUCUACUUGGUGAUUCAUAUGAUGCUCCUAAAGUGGAUAUUUGGUCAUUGGGUGUAAUAUUGUAUAUGCUUGUAAGCGGAAAUUUACCAUUUCAAGAAACAAAUGAUAGUGAGACGUUGACAAAAAUUAUGGAUUGUGAUUAUUCUAUGCCUGCACAUUUAUCACCAGACUGCAAACGACUUAUCUCACGUUUAUUGAUACGGGAUCCACAGAAGCGUGCUCAUCUUGAUGAUAUUCUACAAGAUGAUUGGUUGAAGAUAGAUGGUGAGGAUUUACCUAUUGAAUUAUUUUCUGUCCCUUUAAUAUCACGUGAACAUCUAUCAUUUGAAGAUCAUAUGGAGAUUUUAUCUAAAAUGGCUGAAGGUAAACUAGCUACUGUUGAAGAAAUACAAUCCACUUUAGAUCGUAAUGAAUAUAAUCAUAUAGCUGCUACAUAUUAUUUACUUGCAGAACGUAAACUAAAACGGAACUACAUUGAAGAGUAUAAACGAUUAGUGAAUCAAUCCCAAUUGAUAGAGAAAAGAAAACAACAAGAACAACAGAAAUGUAUUAAUUGUCCAUAUACACUUUCAGAAAACUCUAAACAACCUCAGAUUGUUGAGAACACUACAUCUACUAAAUCUUUACUAAACAAUGUGAUAAGUUCAGGUGGUGCUGGAACAUCAUCGCGAAUUUUAGGUCCCUUGGGUUCAUCAAAUGUCGAGGAUCGAGUAAGGCGGUUUAGUAUGAUUUUAGAAGAUGAAGAAGAAGAGGAAGAAGGCAAAGGAUCACCAGUAGCCUCCUCAUUGUUCGGUAAAUGUAUUGGUGGUGUAAAUGAGUCAACUAAUGGGUUGGGAGAUUCCGAUGGUUUACCCCAUUGUCUUGCCGAUACUUCAGAAGAGGCAAUGUUAGAAGAAGAAGAGGAAGAACUUGCUACUGUAGCAGGGUUGGUGUGUGUACGUUCUGAACUGUUGACUGAGCAGAUGGCAAACAAUUUGCUGAGUGUAUCCGAGUCUGAAUAUCUACCGAACGUUAAUGGCUCCGUGGCACCGACUCGUUCUUGUUCAAGAACAAGCGGCUCUGGUGCUGAGGUAUCUGAUGGGGCAGAGUCUGAUGCAUCUCUAAGCCCCUGGAGUGCAGGUGGUUUCAUCAAUUCAAUAAAUCGUGUUACAUCUACAACGCGUUCCUUACCUCCCGUUGAUAUCAGGAGAAAACAUCCAUAUCGGAGAGCAUUUAUAUCUCAUCGUCCGCUAACCACUGUAAAAAGCAGUCCACAACUUUUAAAACAUAUUGCUGAAGAAGACUGGAAUAGUUGUAAUUCUUUUGAAAUCAAUGAACCUCUUCACCUGGAUAAACGUAGAAAGAAAAUAGAUGAAUGUCGUGCACAAAAUCCAUCUGCAUAUUCAACAGCUGAAGAUGGAACAGGAAUUAGGUCUUUACGUAGUUCAUGUAAUCUAUAUCGUAGCAUCAGAUAUGUGGAUGAUCAGUUGAUUGGAUUAAAACCUGCAAGUUUGUCUAAUGCUGGAAAUCAGCAAACGUAUUCUGGAGCUCAUAGUCCAGCAUGGACUCGUAGAUUUUUCAAUACUCCUGCAUCAUCAUCCCGCCCAGCAAGUAUUGGCAGUUGGAAUGCCGUUCUGAACAUGAGUUUAGCAAGUGAACAGCGUCGUCCGUCAUUUAGCUCUUCUCCUGCUGAAAAUCAAACAAGUGGUGUUAGUCGAAGGAAAGUUCUUUACUUAAAUCAUGGUCAAAGCUCUCAUUUGCUUAACAGAAGCAUUACUGCUGAUCGAAGAUGCAGUGGACCUCCCGGUUUAUUGCUAGCUGUUUCGGGGAUGUAUCAUCUUGGUUCUACGGCUCCAUUACCCAGCCGCUGUGGAUCAGACACCUCAUUUCUUGAUCACAAUGAUUCCAAUGCCUUACCUGCCGCCGUUGAAAACUCUUUUCCUGUAGAAGACUCUUCUGGUUUUCUAGAUGGAGUGGACUUAUCCAGUGGGAUUCGAUCUCCUGAUACCAUUAAAGAGGCAAGUGAUCUUACUAGAAUUAAUUUUCGUUACCCUACAUCCUCAGUUUCAGGAGUGAAUAAAAGAGGUUCGACUAUAUCUCCUCAUCGUGCUCUUUGUAAUUCACGUAGAGCUGCCAGUUGGUGUAGCUCUGCACCGAUAUUGUGCGAAACAUCCGAACAUCCGUAUUUAACAUACGUGGCAUCUAACGGCAAUGGAAUUACAACACUAUCAUCUUGUGAAAACAAUUGCCAACUGAAUGGUUCAUCUGCGAUUCGGGAGCAUUGCACACCGAUACGUGAAGAGGAUGAUGAAGCAGCCCGCUGUGGAGAAUCUCCCAUUUCCAAGGUAUCUGAUUUUUUUGUUAGCCUAAAUAAUCGAAGGAGGUCUGAAUCUUCAAGUAUGCAAACAAAUUCAGCUAUUUUUACAGCUUCAAACAUAGCGCGUGUUGCAUUUGCCACUUUGGCCGAAUCAGAGUCAACAUCAACUAUCAGUCAAUUACCAAACAUAGGUUCCCAGCAAAAUCAUUCUGGUGACAAUGUACCAAAUGGAAGUAAUUCACAAUGUACCACAUCUAACUUUUCACUCAGCUCUCUAGCAACAAGUCUACGAGAUUCACGGUAUAUGAUUGAUAUAAUACGAGGGACGUUUGAAUUACAAUGUCAGUAUAAUCGUAGAUUUACUAAUUCAAUUGUUGGAGUUAACAGUGGUGAAUACAAUUCUGAUCGAACUAGUACUUCAACAUCAGUACGCAGUCUGACAGCUAUAUCUGAAAGUUUCCCUAUUAACAGUCAUUUUAAAGAUGAUUCACAAAAACAAUCUACAUAUAAUCGAAACUUGUCACUUCUUUCUCCUGGAUCUAUAUCAACAUCUUCAUCUAUAAACCAAAGUAUUUAUUCUAAUUCGCAUACAGUCACCUAUCCUAUGAAUGCUUCGUGUAGUGCAGAUUCUUUUGUUACAAAUUCAAUUCAUUCUACUCGAAUGAGUUUACCGAGUAAUUUAUUAACUGGUGGUGGUGGUUCAGUGGCCAACACAGAAGUCAUCCCUUCGGUUAGUCCGGUUUUAGAAAGUAACAUGGAGAAUUUUUCAUCAUCUUUUUCAAUUGAACAGAAUUCACCAAUAAGAAUUGGAAAUUUUAAUAAUCAUAAUCAUGGAAACGGAUCGUGUAAAUCGACUAGUAAUCAUUCAAGCAAUCUCCUCAAACAUCCUUCAAAUUUAUCUUCAAGUGUAGAGUCAACUAAAAAUAUCCAGCCUAGUUGUCUUUCAGAUAAUUAUUGCAGUAUAAUGCCGAAUAAUAUUGGUCAACAGGUCAAUAAUAGUAGCAGGAACAACAGUAAUGAUAACAGUAAUAAUAAUGUGAAUAAUACUGAAGUGGUAAGUGAGCCGUGUAAUCAUUGGAUGCAAAAAACGAAUGGACCAAACCAUAAACAGUUGGCACCUUUUAUUUUUGGGAAGCAUAGAGCUCGUUUGGCGUGUUGCUCAGUUUCAUGAUCGUCUUCCAUCCAUCUAUCUAUCCAUCCAUUCAUCUAUCACCUUGGAGGUAUUCAUACUUACUUCUUUCUGCUUUCCAUUUACUGUCCUGUUAUAACCUGUGUAUUAAAGUGGCAUUAUUAUUUCUUGUUCAUUUACGCUCCCGCCCCACCGCCGCCAGAUCACUUUUUCAUUGUUUCUCUUUCGCAUUGUUAGCUUUUGCUAACAUCGUUGUUGUUGCUGUUGUAAGUCUGUAGCUGCAGUGGAUUUUUUUUCGCUAUCUGCUUUAUUUCAUUCUACUUUCAUGCGUCCAUAUACAUAUAUAUAUAAGUAUGUUAUUAUGCAUAAUUACGAUUCGCCUUUACGUUUAUAGUAAUGAGAACUAACCUCAGUUGUAUACCUCGAUAAAAUGCUAAUAUUACUAUUAUCAUUUAUGCCAUUCAUUCUUUCAUUCAACCAUCGGUUUAUCGCCAAGAUUAUGUAUCACUCACGUACAAAACCAAUGGAAAAAUUUGUUUUAUCAACGUUUAUGUAUAUUAUUAUUAUUAUUAAUAAUAAUUAUUAUCACCGCUGGUUCGUUCAGCACCAGUUACCUUUGAUUCAAACAAAAACAAAAUAAUAAACCAUCGUCUAUACUUAAUGUGAUCUAUCUCAUUCAAUUUUUCCAAAAAAAAAGCACAACUGUGGUGCGAUAUUCUGUUACUGUCUCAUUUGCAUAGUGCCACUUAUACAAUCGUGGAUGUAGGCAUAUCUUCUGUGUAUACGUUCACAAAAACAUGCUUAUAUAUAUAUACAUACAUAGUCAGUCAUAGACAUCCUUACGCCUCUUUUGAUUGUUGUGAUUUUUGGCUCCACUGUUCCUUCUGUUUAUAUUUCACCUCUACUGUAAAUACUCAUGUUUUUCAAUCCUUCUCUUCUGCCCAUUCUCUCUCUUUCUCUGUGUGUCUCUUCCUCGUUUCUUAUUCCUCAUCAUCACAUUGAUUUGUGUAAAUAUUUACCACCUCAUUUUGUGUGUUGAAAUUAUAAAUCCCGGUUAAUUUCAAUUUUAAUUUGGCUUUCCAAAGUUUAUACAACGUGACGUACAACUGACCACUGUUCCAUUUAACAUGUUUGUUUCUAAUUUAAAGAUGCAGAAAGUAUAUUUUCAUCAUUUACUUUAUGUAAUAUAUACAAAUACAGUUAGUAAGAUCAUCUGAU